AUGAGUAACCGUGUCGAAGCCGACCAGCUCUUCGAGCUCACGGCCGAGCUUGUCUCCGCCUCGGCCAAACUCGACAAGUUCCUCAGCAAACGCAGCCUCCCAAGCCCAUCCUUUGACGCCGCUGCGCCUGCGAUUCCGCUCAACACCGCCAACAAGCCCUACUACGAUGCCAGGACCAAGAUCGUCGAGGCGGCCGAACAAAUCAUCCGUCUCGUUCGAGGUCCUCGCGAGAACUUGCUGUAUCUGUCGUUUGAGCACUGUGCUUCGGCUUCGAUGCAGGUGGUUUUCAAGUAUAAGUUCGCGAAUCAUGUUCCUCUGCAUGGUGCGACAACGUACACUAAGAUUGCUGAGGCUGUGGGGCGGGGCGUCACGCCUAUGGUUGUCGAGCGGACGCUGCAACACACGGCCUCCUUUGGGCUCUUCGAGACUCUGCCAGGCGGUUAUGUCACUCACAACGCCACGUCGUCUCUCCUGGUAACUGACCCCGAUCUCGAGGCAUGGAUGUACCUCAGUUUGGCAAUCGCCUAUCCCGCUGGUGCGUCAAUCCCUGGUGCCAUCGACCAGUACGGUGUGAGCAUGGAAGCCGACGAGGCUGCGUACGGCGUCUCCAUCGGUCGCAAGAUUGCUCAGUUCCAACGUUUCCGCGAGCCAGACGGUCUCAAAGACCACGAGAUGUUCGCCCGUGCCAUGCGUGGCAUCGCUGCUGGCGGAGCGUAUGAUUUCCGACACGCCGUCAAUGGCGGCUACCCCUGGCAUCUCCUACAAGAAGACAAGGGCCACUUGGUCGUUGACGUGGGCGGCGGGCCCGGGCACGUGGCAAUGGCUCUUGCAGAGAAGUAUCCUAGCCUGCGGUUCGAAGUCCAAGAUCUCCCAGAGACUGUCGUCGUUGGUGCGGAGAAGUGCCCGGAGGACUUGAAGAAGCGAGUCGCCUUCCGCGCCCACGACUUCAUGACACCUCAACCGUCUCACAGCGUCCCCAACGAUGAGUCCAUCGCCUAUUUCGCCCGCUUUAUCCUUCACGACUGGAGCGACAAGUACGCCACCAAGAUCGUCCAGCAACUCGCCUAUAACCUCCGCCCGCAAGACCGCAUCAUCCUCAACGAGGUUGUGGUGCCCGAACAAGGUAAAGAGGACCGCGAGAUCGAGCGACGCAUGCACGACCGUGACCUGCUCAUGUUGAUGAACCUGAACGGUCGGGAGAGGACGAAGAGUGCUUUUGAGGGCAUCUUUGCGAGCGUGGAGCCAAAGCUGAAGUUGCAGAGGAUUCAUCGGCCGGAACAAGGCGAGCUGAGUUUGAUCGAGGUGACGCUGGCGAGUGUCGAGUGGCCGGCGGAGGCCAGUGGUGUGGCGAAUGGGGUUAUUGGGCAUGCUAACGGACAGCCUAGUGGUAUGAACGGUGUGAGCCAUUAG